ACUUGCCUUUGUUAUUUUGAUGUGGUUAUUAUCUUAUCUAGUUUGAGGAAUCAAUUAGCAAUAAACAGUUGAUUACACAUUGGAUUAUGGAGUACAAAUUUGUUGCCAAUACAAUUGUUUAUUGUUACUGUAGUGCAGCUUGGGCGUCAUCAUUUUCUUUGCGAACCAGGUGACUUUAACCUUGAAAAUCUGAUACCUCUCCUCUGAGCUAUACAUCUUGGUCAUGGCGACAAUGUCAGGCCAGGAUGGAUUCGAUAGUUGUGACGAAACAAGGGAGAGUAAAUCAGAUUGUGAGAACUCUGAUGAUGAGAGGAGGAAAUCAAGAAUUGGGGCUUUCAGGAAAAGGGCUAUAAAUGCUUCAAGCAAGUUCACUCAUUCUCUCAAGAAAAGAGGUAAAAGGAAAGUUCACUUUGGCCUGCCUUCUAUUUCCAUUGAGGAUGUACGCGAUGCAAGAGAGGAGAGUGCUGUCUGCGACUUGCGUCAAAAACUUCUAGAUAGGGAAUUGCUGCCACUGAAACAUGAUGAUUACCAUACUUUGUUGAGAUUCCUGAGAGCAAGAGAUUUCAACAUUGACAAAACCAUCCAGAUGUGGAAAGAAAUGCUUCAGUGGAGGAAAGAGAAUGGAGCGGACACCAUAUUGGAGGACUUCAAAUUUACAGAGCUGGAGGAAGUUUUACAAUGUUAUCCCCAAGGAUACCAUGGUGUUGACAAAGAAGGCAGACCUGUAUACAUUGAAAGGCUUGGGAGGGCCCACCCUGGCAAACUAAUGCGCAUCACUUCUACUGAACGGUAUUUGAAAUAUCAUGUUCAGGAGUUUGAGAAGGUUUUAUAUGAGAAGUUCCCUGCUUGUUCUGUUUCUGCAAAGAGACGAAUAUGUUCUUCCACCACAAUUUUGGAUGUACAAGGCCUGGGGAUAAAGAAUUUCACCAAGACUGCUACUAGUUUACUGGCUUCCAUGACAAAGAUUGAUAAUAGUUACUACCCAGAGACUCUUCACUCUAUGUACAUUGUUAAUGCUGGAACUGGAUUCAAGAAGGUUCUCUGGCCUGCUGCACAGAAGUUUCUGGAUCCAAAAACUCUCUCUAAAAUCCAUGUAAGGAUAUGCAAAUCCAUUUGUGACUUAUAUCUGUUUGUCCCAUUUCCAGCGACAUAUAUUGAUCUAAAAUUAUUUGUCAAACAGGUUUUGGACCCCAAGUCUUCAGGAAAACUACUGGAAGCCAUAGAUCCAUGUCAAUUACCUGAGUUUUUGGGCGGAACAUGCUCUUGCAAUACUGAGGGAGGUUGCCUAAGAUCUAAUAAGGGUCCCUGGAAUGAUCCAGAGAUACAAAAGCUUAUGUUCAAUGCAGAACCAGCUCUUGUCGGGCAUAUCGCAAAAUCAGCAAGUGACUCAUAUAUUCAAAUCCGUUCACUGAAGGGUAAAUGCGGGGAUAUCUCUACUCUUGAAUCAUGGUCUGAUGGUGAUGAUCCUUUUUCUCCAACAAGACUAAAUAGCUCGGUGAAUUCAAAACUGGCUUCUGUUCAUGAAGAAGUCAGAACAUCAGAUGCGCAUACCUAUAGCAGUUCCAGUGAGUAUUUUAGUGCAGUGGGCAGUGAUGGAGAUGAUGAGUAUGGACAGGAGAAUGAGUCUAUGUAUAUGAACAGUGCAAGAAAUAGAGAUGCUGAUGCCAAACCAAGUACCAUAAAGCAUAAGAUGAAAGUCGUGAAGAGAAGUUUGCAUUAUAUGUCCAGACCGUUAGUGUUUUUACUGGACAAGCUUUCUCUGUUAGUCCAAAAGACGCCUAUCGAAUAUUUGAAGAGACGGAGCAAUGUUUGUCCACCAAACGUUUUAAAGAGUGACCCUGAACCAAAAACCAACCAUUACGUCCACGAGAGAGCUGUGAGAAGAGAGGAGAUGGUACGUCCAUGUGUACAGCGUCUCCAAAGACUUGAAAGUUUGCUGGAAGAACUCAACAGCAAACCUAGAGAAUUUCCAGCAGAGAAGGACCAAAUUCUUCAGCAAUCUCUUGAUAGGAUCAAGAACAUGGAGUGCGACCUUGAGAAAACAAAGAGGGUGUUGCAUGCGACAGUGGUGAAGCAGCUCCAUAUAGCAGAGUUUCUGGAGAAUAUGAGAGAGUCUGAGUUUCAGGAACGGAGGUUUUUCUGUUAAGCGUUAACCGUGGGAGGAAUGCAGCUUCAGUUAUGAUUUCGUAUUCGGAGGAAUGUUGUUGACUGGACAGUGUAUACAUUUUAGUGUAAAAAAAGGCAAUACUUGAUCUAACCGUACUCCGAUAAACUAGGUUAGGCUCUCUUUUCUCCAAAUAUAAUGUCGGUAAAGAAUAGAGCAAACAUGUAGAAAUGAAGCAGUUUUCAUCAAAUAUGUAACUGCUCUACUAAUAUUUAUACGAGGAAAGAUCCAUGCUUUUGUUUUA